GAUGUAUGCCCGUUUCAACGCCCUCCCUCCUCCCGCCCUGUUCAGACGGUUCUUCCAUGCGCGAUCUUCCAGACGCUCUUUCUUUCUCUUGGAGCUCAAAUCAUGGCUUCUUCAAAUAUUGAAACAGUUUUCUCCUAUUUGGUUAAGAAUGAGGAAUUGUACAUCCAACGUCUAGCAGAUGCUGUUGCGAUUAAAAGUGUUUCUGCAUGGCCAGAAACAAGAGGGGAAAUUGAGAAGAUGGUCAAUCAUGUUGCAGAUGAACUCAAAAAGCUUGGUGCAACUGUAGAGUUGGCUGAUAUUGGUCAGCAGACUCUACCUGAUGGAUCAAAACUACCCCUUCCUCCUGUGAUCUUAGGCAGUCUGGGUGAUGAUCCUGCAAAAAAGACUGUGUGCAUUUAUGGCCAUCUUGAUGUUCAGCCUGCUCUUCAGGAAGACGGUUGGGAUACUGAUCCUUUUGUAUUAAAAGAGAUUGAUGGAAAGCUAUACGGAAGAGGUUCUACAGAUGAUAAGGGUCCUGUGUUGUGCUGGUUGCACGUGAUUGAAGCCUACAAAGAGAAUGGAAUAGACCUGCCCAUCAAUAUCAAGUUCUGUUUUGAGGGAAUGGAAGAGUCUGGCAGUGAAGGACUUGAUGAACUCAUAGCUGAGAGAAAGGAUUCUUUCUUCAAGUCCAUUGACUAUGUUUGCAUAUCUGACAACUACUGGCUAGGAAAGGAGAAACCUUGUGUGACUUACGGAUUGAGGGGUAUCUGUUACUUCUUUGUGGAAGUGGCUUGUGCUACUAAGGAUCUGCACUCGGGAGUCUUUGGAGGUUCUGUACACGAAGCAAUGACAGACCUCGUUAGUCUUCUCGAUACUCUAGUGGACGUCAAGGGGAACAUCCUAGUACCAGGCGUGAACGACAGCGUAGCACCUGUGACGGAGGAGGAGAAAAAGUCCUAUGAUCCUAUAGACUUUGAUCUGGAAGAAUAUCGUAAAGAUAUUGGCCACAACAGACUUUUACAUGAGAACAAGCCUGAUCUAUUGAUGCAUAGGUGGCGUUACCCAUCACUAUCUAUACACGGAAUUGAAGGAGCGUUUUAUGAACCUGGCUCAAAGACGGUCAUUCCUCGUAAGGUCAUUGGAAAGUUUUCCAUUCGUCUUGUGCCAGAUCAAAAACCUGCUGAAAUUGAAAAGCUUGUCAUUGAUCAUCUGAAAAAGAAACAUGCUGAAAGUGGAAGCCCUAACGAUAUGAAAGUCAGCAUGGGACACGGUGGAGAGCCUUGGAUGAGUGACUUCAAUCAUCCCCACUACCAGGCUGGUAGAAAUGCAAUGAAAACAGUGUUUGGAGUGGAACCAGACUUGACCCGUGAAGGAGGUAGCAUCCCCGUAACAUUAUCUUUACAAGAGGCUACUGGCAAGAAUGUCAUGUUGUUACCAGUAGGGUCCUGUGAUGAUGGAGCUCACUCACAGAAUGAGAAAAUAAAUCGCUCAAACUAUAUCAAUGGGCACAAAGUCAUUGCCGCCUACUUUGAAGAGCUUGCUAAGCUGUGAGAAAAGCAAGAAGAACAGUAUCAAGAACAAGUAGCACAAGUUUUCAACAAGAAUCACGAUUAAAUCGCACAGAUCAUAGAUUUAUUAUUAAUUAAAUAGCCCUAUUUACAA